UGAAGGAGUGUAACAUUGAUUCAGAGGUAUACAGCGCGUUUUCUCAUCAGAAUUGCACAUCACAUCAGAGUUUCCAAAGAUCAAUGAAGGGGGCUCUGCUUAUCGCAAACGCGCUGUUCGCGCUGGUUGUCGGAGAAACAUGUGAUUCCCGUCAUGAGGAAUUAGUCCUGUCCCUUAAUAAGAGGCUAUUGCGUUCCACUGAGGGCCAGAAUUCUCUGCCAGAUCCAAGUGUUCACAUUGCCCUGAGGUUGUCCCCCCACCAUAACCUCAUCGCUGAGAGCAAAUACCUGAACCUCCUCAAAUCAACGCUCCAUGACGAGAUUGAAAGCUCUCUCAAUAAAGGGGAGCACGUGAUUGGUCAGCUCGCACUCUACAUCCUGGCCCUGAGGGCCUCCUGCCAUGAUGUCAACACUCUAAGCCUGACUGUCAAUCAAAGCCAGGAGCGCCUGCUGACUCAGCUGAAAUGGCAGUUAGAAGAGGAGAAAGCACAUAUUUCCACCAAACAACACCCAGCAACCAGUUAUUAUCAGUACUCUCUGGGCAUCCUGGCACUGUGUGUUAGCAGAGUCAAAGUGAACCCCCAUGUCACAAAAAAACUCCUCCAUGCCGUAGACCGUGGACUCAUCAACCAGGGAAAGACUCCAUCCACUGACGCGUUCGCCAUGGUGGGGUUGGCUCUGCAGUGUCUGAAGGACGUCGGGACGCCAGUGCAGGACGAGGCCCAGCUGGAUCGGGCUCUGACCGCCAUUAAAGAGAAACUGCUCGAAUCCCAACGCACUGACGGACACCUGGGCAACGAGUUCAGCACAGGCCUGGCUGUACAGGCUCUGGAGGCGCUGGGUUCGCCGGUAGAUGACUGUUCUGCCCCUAUGAAGGCCUUAAGGGCAGAGGCCAGAAAGGGCUCUUACGGGCGCUCCGCUGUCCUCUCCCAAAUUCUGCCUGCACUGCAGAGAACCACAUACCUACAACUGAGGGGGAAGGAGUGCCGCAAAGAGGAUGACUCCCUUGUUGUGGAGGUGGAGCCAACCGUAGGGCCAACCUCCAUCCUGUCCACCACUGUUCCUGUGCAAGUGGAAGUGGUUAGACUGGGCAAUGUGACCACCACGUUUUUGAUUGAUGUGCCUUUUGGCUCCUCCCUCCUGGAUGCGCUGAUGCUUCUGCAAGACAGUCAGAAGGGCUUCACGUUUGAGGUAGAGUCCAGUCGAUGGGGGCCAGUUCUGAGAUCAGUAAAUGGUGAACAGGCUCAGCAGUCAAAGCGUAGAUACUGGCAUCUGUCUUCAGAAGGCACAGCUCUUAGUCAAGGUGUCAAGGACUAUAAAAUUGAGACAGCUCAAAAGAUCGCCAUCAGAAACACUGGUUACUGAGUGCUCAGUGUGUGUCUAAAUAGAGUUUUGUUAGAAUUUACAAUUUUUUUUUUUUCUUUUUUU